CAUACCUUUAGCAUUGUCAAACUGAAGUGUCAAUGUCAAGAGUGUCAUCAAUUCCCAUUUGAUGAAACUCAAGACUCUAGUUUUUAUUAAUUUUGAAUAAAAAUUCGAUUACAUAAUUUGCAAGAUUUUGUAUUUUUAUUAAUAAAAACUACAUUGCUGAUGAUAGAACCACGUCAAUAUGGCGUGGCUAGGAUCUACCGUACUGAAUUUUUUUUGGAAGCCCAGUGUAAACAUUGUGAGAACACGGUAUCAUUCUGAAAAACAACGUCUCAUUAAAAGAUUUGGUUAUGAAGAAAAGUUAUGGAAUGGUGGAUUGCUUCCUCGGACAUUAGGGAAACCUUUGCCUAUGCCAGAGUACAGGCCAGCAAAUCCAUGGACGGAGCGCAAAGCUUUGUUUGGUCAGAAUGAUUACAUUGAUAUUCUUGGAUCAGGGGACCUGCACCCAGUGAAGACUCUAUACACAGUUCCAUCCUGGAUAAGGGGAGUGAAGGGCAAUGAGUUCCAAGUCUUAUUGAGAAAAAGGAAAAUGCUGGGUCAAGCUGGCUUCCGUCAAGUAAGACCUACUAAGUGGAAGGAGUUGGAAAAGAGAAUUUCUUUCUUGUAUAGAAAACUCAACAGGAAAACAAAAACAGGCCCAUCUCCAGAUUAAAUUGAUAUAGCUUUUAUUUAAUUGUUAUAAAUAAGUAUAUGUAGUGAUGUAAAAAAAAUUAG